CUGUCAUUAGUAAAGCAUCGGCAAAACCAAAACGUUUAAUAUUCACAAAUUCAUUUUCUUUAUUUAGUCAUAAAAAACCAUUGCAAUUUGGUUGUUCCAGUCGAUCAUUCGCUUUAUUUGGUUCAAAAGUCGUGUUAAACAGUAAAAUGGCUGAUGUUUUGGAUAUCGAUAAUGCUGAGGAGUUUGAAGUCGACGAAGAUGGUGAUCAAGGUAUUGUUCGAUUGAAGGAAAAGGCUCGCAAGCGUAAGGGUCGUGGUUUUGGCAACGAAAGCAAUGUUCGUGAACCCAUCCAGCACUAUGAACGUGUACGACAUGACGACGAUGAUGAAUUUGAACCGGGACCACAGCGUUCAGUUGAAGGUUGGAUUUUGUUUGUUACAAACAUUCAUGAAGAGGCACAAGAAGACGAUAUUCAAGAGAAAUUCUGCGAAUACGGUGACAUCAAAAACAUUCACUUGAAUUUGGACCGACGUACCGGUUUCCUCAAAGGUUACGCUUUGGUUGAAUACGAAACAUACAAACAGGCACAGGCAGCACGUGAAGCAUUGAACGGUGGUUUGAUUUUGGGCCAAGCGAUUUCAGUGGACUGGUGUUUCGUCAAAGGACCGAAGAAAACCAAAAAGGCCGAAAGACGCCGAAGAUAAAUACGAUUAUCAAUUUUGCAAAUUCCCAUUAUUUUAUCCGCAAUUUUGAUAAUUUGACACUUGGCCCACUCAUAACAAAUACAAUUUUGUAUUCGCAAAGUACUAAAAUAACUAAAUAAACUCUUGUAUUUCAAAACUAAA